AUGUGGCGUGUUGUCACUAGAGUUGCGCGCGUGCGUCCUCUACCCCCACCGGCGUUAACAGACAAGCUGCGCUUAUACCAUGUGGAUAUGAACCCCUAUGGACAUAGGGUCCUACUAAUUUUGGAGGCGAAGAAAGCUAAAUAUGAGGUCUACAAACUAGACCCCCUUAGAUUACCUGAAUGGUUCCGGAAUAAAAACCCUAGAUUAAAAAUACCAGUUCUGGAGAUCCCAACGGAGUACGGAGAUAAAUAUUUGUUUGAAAGCGUGGUGAUUUGUGAUUACUUGGACGAGAAGUACACGAGGAACCAAUUGCAUUCUAGAGAUCCGUAUGUUAAAGCUCAAGAUAGACUACUUAUUGAAAGGUUCAAUGAGCUAAUAAAAGGCAGUUUAGAAUGUUUCGACACAAACUUCGCAUUUGGAAGCGAACAGAUUAUUCAAACAUUGGAUAUUUUUGAAAAGGAAUUAACUUUAAGAGGUACCAAUUACUUUGGAGGGCACCGACCAGGAAUGCUGGAUUACAUGAUCUGGCCGUGGGUAGAGAGGCUGUACCUCCUCCGAUGUGUGAAUGAGAGGAAAUUCGACGAAAAGAGAGGAUUAUUCCCUAAUUUUGCUGACUGGAGCGACCAAAUGCAGCUAGACGAUGUUGUGAAAAAACAUGCGAACUCACCACAAGAGUAUUUUGACUAUUACAAGAAUGCCAGGACGCAUUCAAUGGGAUACUAUUUAUAAUCUGUGCGUAUCAAUUCGUUUUGUACCUAUCAUCUGUGUAGUCUACUGGCGGGAAAACUAUAAAAAU